AUGGAAGAAUUCCAUCCAAACUUUGAAGUCAAUUUAAUUCUUCAACUUAAUCUAUCUAUCUAUCUAUCUAUCUAUCUAUCUAUCUAUCUAUCUAUCUAUCUAUCUAUCUGUCUGUCUCAUUCUGAUCCUUUCUGUCUAUCUAUUUACAGAGAUGGAAUUAUCUCCCUUGUUGCUCAGCAGUCGACACUUUUGAAUUUUAUUUCAUUCCUCAACUCUCAUCUAUCUAUCUAUCUAUCUAUCUAUCUAUCUAUCUAUCUAUAUAUCUAUCUAUCUCAGAUGUUUAUUAUCUAUCUAUCUAUGACUCUGAAACUUCACAUCUAUCUAUCUCAAUCUGUUUCUUAUCUAUCUAUCUAUCUAUCUAUCUAUCUCAGAGUGUUCAUAUCUAUCUAUCUAUCUAUCUCAAUCUGUUUAUUAUCUAUCUAUCUAUCUCAAUCUGUUUAUUAUCUAUCUAUCUAUCUCAAUCUGUUUAUUAUCUAUCUAUGUAUGACUCUGAAACUUCACAUCUAUCUAUCUAUCUUACUAUCUAUCUCAAUCUGUUUCUUAUCUAUCUAUCUAUCUAUCUAUCUAUCUAUCUAUCUAUCUGUCUCAUUCUGUUCAUAUCUAUCUAUCUAUCUAUCUAUCUUAUUCUGUUCAAAUCUAUCUAUCUAUCUAUCUAUCUAUCUAUCUAUCUAUCUAUCUGAUUAUGUUCAUAUCUAUCUCUAUCUAGUCUGUUUAUCAUCUAUUUUUCAUUCUGUUCAAAAUCUAUCUAUCUCAGUCUAUGUAAUUUUUUAUCUAUCUAUCUAUCUAUCUAUCUAUCUAUCUAUCUAUCUAUCUCAGUCUAUUUAA